ACAUAGCUUUCUUCCGUCGAAGUAUCUGUUCUGACCGUCGCUUCUAUACUUCAUGAUACGGACUCACUGUCUUCUACUAAUCAAUUGUCACCAAUCAUGUCGUCAACCAAUCCUCAGCGGAUCCUGGAGUUCAAUUACGACAUAUCCUGUCCCUUCGCCUACAUAGCCUCAACACGCGUACAGUCACUAGCCCAUCGCACUCACGCUACCCUGAUCUACAAACCCGUUCUCCUAGGCGCAAUUUACCGUGCAACAGCCGCACCUCAAGGCGCCGGCGGCUCAGCAUCCGAUGUCUUCAACUCAGCCAAGAAAGCGGUUACAGCGCAAGGCAUGCAACGUACAUUGCGCAGAUACAACAUUCGGUACAACCCGCCACCUCAGCAUCCUCGUAAAACGGUAAAUGCACUGCGUUUAUUGUACUGUGUCAAAGACCAUGAAAAGAGGAGGAUGUUGACAGACAGGUUGUUCCAAGCUUAUUGGGCAGAAGGCAAGGACGUGAAUUCCAAUGCUACCAUCCUGCAGAUUGCGAGGGAAUGCGGUAUUGAAGAUGUGGGUGAGGAAUCUUUCGCAAAUGCCGAUGCGAGGAAGGACCUAGAGACUGCUACUGCUGAAGCAAUCGAAAGAGGUGCUUUUGGUGUCCCUGGAUUCUGGGUCCCGGAUGCUCUAUGGACGAACGCGAAUGGUGAAGAAAAGCGAGGGCGGUUUUUCUGGGGUCAGGAUCGCAUGCAUUUCGUUGAGGCGACCUUACUCUCCCUUUCAUCAUCAUCACGGUCGCCAUCUGGAAAACCGUGGACACAUGUACCGGCACUCAAGAGCUUGAUGCCGCGGUGCGUACCCAGUAAUGAUCCUCAUGGCCGGGUAAAAGUCGAAUUCUGGUUCGACUUUAGCAGUCCGUGGGCGUUUUUGGGGUACACACAGUUGGAACGACUAAAGAAGACAUUUGGCAAGGACUUGGAAAUUGUCAUGAAGCCAUUUCUCCUGGGCAUCUUGUUCCGAGAGAUCGGUGCGCCAAAUCUGCCAAUGGCGGCGGUUAGUCCGGCGAAAGCGCUGUGGUCGAGACAAGACCAUGCGGACUGGACCGAGUACUGGAACGCGAUAAGUCGGCAAGAUGGUGGAAGAGAAGUCAAGUUCUAUUGGGCAGACAUCUUCCCCAUCCGGACACCGACUGUGUUGAGAGUUGCGCUUGUGGAACCGGAGACCACAAACCUGUUGUUCGAAGCAUGCUGGUCUCACAACCAAGACAUGUCCAACGACACCGUGCUCCGUACCGUUCUCGACCAAGGUGGUUUCAAUGGCGCUGAUCUUAUUGCUCGCGCGAACGAACCCGCAGUCAAAGCCAAGCUGCGGGCCGCUACCGCAGAGGCAAAAGACAUGGGUCUCUGUGGCGUACCCACGUAUCGUGUGCUGAGGCAGGGGGAUAAAGGGGAGUGGGAGGCGGUUGGUGGUCUGGUCUGGGGUCAAGACGAAAUCAACGUUGUCGAAGACCUAAUUGCUGGAUGGAAUCCUGAAAGUUCAGGACAAGCGGCUAGGGUGGUGAGGAAAGAGAAUGGCGCGGGUUCGAAAUUGUGAGUACGGUUAUUUCCAACCCACAACAAGACGCGAUGACUUGGUCGAAUCUACAACUGUGUUCAAAAGUGGUGAAGAUCAAAUUAUCGUACUAUUGUAUCAUGAUUCGUAAGUUAGAUACAUGGAGAAUUCGUCGCACAAAAAUAAGCCAUUACGCCAAAACCAUGCGCCUUCCCUGGGUAUCAAAAUAUAAAAAGAGUGUUAGUCGUACAUUGAGUAAAUGUUCGUAUCUCGUGUAGAGGUGUAGGGUAUAUGUCGUAAAGGUGCCUAGAAAGUAUGCGUGCCACGUGAACCUUGUAGAGAAGUGUCGACGAUAUCA